GGUGGAAGGUCUGAAAUGGAGGAUGCUGUUAGAGCUUUACCUCAUUUUCUCAAAAUACCUAUCAGAAUGCUUAUGGGGGAUCAUGAAAGGAUUAGUCCAACACUCACAUGGCUCACUAGUCACUUCUUCGGUGUAUAUGACGGCCACAAAGGCGCUCAGGUUGCUGACUAUUGUCAUGCUAGAAUCCAUUGUGCUUUGGUUGAACGGUUAAAAGAGGAAUUGUGCAAGAGGAACACUGGUGAGUGUAGUAGGCAGGUCCAGUGGGAGAAAGUCUUUGUCGAUUGUUACCUAAAGGUCGAUGAUGAGGUCAAAGGGAGAAUCAGCAGACCUGUUUCUAGUUCUUGUCCUUCUGAUGGGAUGGUCCUUGAGGCUGUUUCCCCUGAGACCGUCGGAUCAACUGCUGUUGUUGCUUUGGUUUGCUCAUCACAUAUCAUAGUUUCAAACUGUGGUGAUUCAAGAGUGGUUUUACUCCGCGGCAAAGAAUCCAUGCCCUUAUCCGUUGAUCACAAACCUGAUAGAGAGGAUGAGUAUGCAAGAAUAGAGAAAGCUGGUGGAAAAGUUAUGCAAUGGCAAGGCGCUCGUGUUUCUGGUAUUCUCGCCAUGUCCAGGUCCAUCGGUGAUGAAUAUCUAGAGCCAUUUGUAAUACCAGAUCCCGAAGUGACUUUUAUACCACGAGCAAGAGAAGACGAAUGUCUAAUAUUAGCCAGUGAUGGACUUUGGGACGUAAUGAGUAACCAAGAAGCCUGCGAGUUAGCAAGGAAACGGAUCUUGAUGUGGCACAAGAAGAAUGAAGCCUUGCCUUUAGCAGAGAGAGGUGUAGGGGAAGACCAUGCGUGCCAAGCCGCAGCUGCUUAUCUCUCGAAACAAGCUCUUCGAAAGGGAAGCAAAGACAAUGUCUCGAUCAUAGUGGUCGACUUGAAAGCUCAAAGAAAUUUCAAGAGCAGUGGACUUGUCUUGUGUAGAGAGAAUUAA